GCUUUUGAAUAGAAUUGUAUAUUGUAAGCAUCAAUCAUCGUUAUCCAUCCCAAAGCACUUCGAUUCCUGCUACAAAUUGAUUGUAUACACCAAAUUUGAUCUUACAGCCGACGGAUCGACACUUCCUCCACUGUUGCCGCCGCCAUCUCCGCGGCCAUUACUCCUAUUCAAACCGAUGCUCGAACGAUGAGACUCUCUAUGUAAGGGAGCCGAAUGCCAAAACAGCUAGAGGAGAAGCUCGUAUGAUGGAACUUCGAUCGCCGGUUGGAGCUUCUUGUUCGGCCGUGCGCGGAGGAGGAUUUGUUGCUGACUUCUCGUCCGCUGCCUAGAGAGGAAGCUCGUAUGAUGGAACUUCGAUCGCCGGUUGGAGCUUCUUGUUCGUGUUAAGUGUAUAUGGGGGUGAGCUACGAUUUAUGUGAGUUGAGUUAAUGAUCUGUAGUUAGAGAGUGGGGCCCAUUUAUGUUUGUUAAGCCCAUGCAAGCCCAUGCAAUUAGGUUAGACGUGUGAGAGAUGAAGUCUGACCUAGUGUGCAGAAUAUAUAAGGAGAGUGAUGAGGGCUGCCGCUAAUGUACAUUGAUUGGGUGAUUCUUCUCAGUAAAUUAGUAGCCUGAAGAGCGUUCUAAGCUCUUCCGUGGAUUAGUCCUGGAUAUCCAGGGAUACCAUGUAAACACCUGUGUCUGUGUCCGAUCUGAUUUUCGUUCAUUAAUCUGUUUCUGUAUUAGUCAACAUGGUAUCAGAGCUUAACGCGGCUGAUUCGGAGAAGCCGACUGUGCGUCUCACGUAGACAAACUACUCCCUAUGGGAAUUUCAGUUCAGAUUUUUUGUGGAAGGAAGAGGCUUACUGGGAAUAUUGGAUGGUACGGUUCCUAGACCCACUGCUGCAUCUGCUUCUCCUCAAGAAAUAUCAACGUGGAAUCAAAUUGAUGCUCGGAUCAGGUCGUGGUUGCUGGGGUCGGUUGAUCCGUCGACUUGCCUCAGUCUUCGCCUAUUUCCCUCUGCGAACAGGAUGUGGAGACACCUAUCUGGUCUCUACUCUACAGUGAAUGCCGCCAGGCAAUUUGAAGUUCAAACCGCACUUGCACGUCUGGAGCAAGGUGAUCGGUCGGUCACUGAUUAUUUUAAUGUCGCACAGGUGUUGUGGACGGAGCAAGAUAUGCUUCACAUAGCUCUUCGUCCUCAUGCUGAAAUGACGGCCGACACUAUAGCGGAACAACAACAAACAAGGGUUCUACAAUUUCUUAUGCGUUUGAGGCCCGAAUUUGAGAUGGUGAGAUCGACUAUCUUGAACCGAGAGCAGCUGAACUUUGAUGGUGUAAUCAGCAGCCUUGUUCGUGAAGAGACUAGGCUGAGAACACAGGCCCAGUUCGAUGUUCGACCUGGUGAAGGGGAAACAAUAAUUGCCGCAGCAACAGCAUCGGCAAGACAAGGUAUGGGUCGAAAUAUGAAUGCUUUGGCUGUGACAAGGCCGCAGUUUAAUAGCCGAGUCCCGAAUGCUGAACUAGAGUGUCACCACUGCCAUGAGAAAGGGCAUUUGGUGAAGCAUUGCCGUAGAAGAAAUUAUUGCGUAUAUUGCAAAAGGAUGGGCCACAUAUUUUGGAAUGCCGCACUCGGGAAAGAAAUGCUGAUCGUUGGACUGGGACUCCAAAUGUUGAUGGACGUGGAGCUGGACGUGGUGCUUCCUAUCGUGGUGGACGUCCCACAUAUAUGGUUGGGGAAUCAAGUAAUGUUGCUGCCGCUGAAAACUCGACUGCUGCCCAAAUGGAACAACUUGUGCAAGCUGUAGCGGCAUUGCAAAGCUCUUUGCCUACUGCUUUCGGUUCGGCUCUCUCGGCACUACAAGGUAAAAUCAAACAUAAACCUUGGUUGAUAGAUUCGGGAUGUUAUAACCACAUGACCCAUGAUAAAAAUUCAUUGAUUAAUGUUCGGCCUAUUAGUCAUGUUGGUUUAACAGUCGCGAAUGGAGAUAAGAUGGCUGUUCAAGUAGUGGGUACUGUCGAAACUCCGAAAAUAUCAUUGUCGCAUACUCUUCAUGUUCCUGCUUUGGUUCCUAAUUUGGUUUCAGUCGGACAACUUACUGAAUAGGGUUGUUCUGUUAUAUUUGCUCCUACUGGUUGUAUUAUACAGGACAUGAAGACGGGGAGACAGAUCGGAAGGGGGAGUAAGCAGGGGAGGAUAUUUCAUCUCGAGGAGCUUCAGAACAGUGCUAUUCCUUUGUCUACCUCGAGUUCAAUCGUGUCUAGGUCUGUCAGUAGUCCUCUUGUGUCCACAAAAACAAAUUCAGUUGUUGAUCCUAUUUUUUUGAGUUUGUCGAAUAAGGAGUGGGAUCUUUGGCAUGCUCGAUUGGGGCAUCCCCACUCCGCGCGUCUAUCAGAAAUGUUUAAACAAUCUCUUUUAGGAAAGAAUUCUGUGAGUCCUUUGGCUAAAC